AUGACAGACUUUUGGCUGAUUUCGGUCCCUUUGGACAAGACCAGUUUAACCAGUGUGGAGAAAUUGAAGCGCAAUCUUGCCAAAACCAACCUGGCCUCCUGCUGCAGGUUCUCCAUUCCAGAACUCAAGUUGGUGUUUUUGCACUGCGACCGCUUCGUAGAGUUCCACUCGCAGCAUGGAAGCUACUACAAGACACGUAUUCCAAAGUUUGGACGGGACUUCUCUUACCACUACCCCUCCUGUGACCUCUUCUUUGUGGGGACGAGUUCUGAAGUGUUCAGACUGAAUUUGGAACAAGGGCGCUUCCUUAACUCACUUCAGACCGAUGCUGUGGAAAACAAUGUGUGUGACAUCAACCCUGUCCAUCAUUUGUUCGCCACAGGAUCCUCUGAGGGGAGGGUGGAGUGCUGGGACCCUCGUGUUCGGACCAGAGUGGGCAAGCUGGACUGCGCUCUGAGCAGCCUGGCUGAGGGAGCAGAAGUUCAAAGUUUGCCCUCCAUUACCGCUCUGAAGUUUAACGGCUCCCUCACCAUGGCAGUAGGCACCAGCACAGGACAGGUGCUGAUCUAUGACCUGCGCUCCAACCAGCCGCUGCUGGUUAAAGAUCACUUCUACAACCUGCCAAUCAAAUCAAUCAACUUCCACGACCCACUGGACCUGGUAGUGUCUGCCGACUCCAAGAUUAUAAAAGUCUGGAGCAAAGACACUGGCAAGGCUUUCUCCUCCAUACAACCUCAGACCAACAUCAAUGAUGUUUGCAUCUACCCUAAUUCAGGUAUGCUCUUCACUGCCAAUGAGGAUCCCAAGAUGAACACAUUCUACAUGCCGGCGCUUGGCCCUGCACCUCGGUGGUGCUCCUUCCUGGACAACUUGACAGAGGAGCUGGAGGAGAGUCCGGAGAGCACAGUGUACGAUGACUACAAGUUUGUGACCAGGAAGGACCUGGAAAAUCUUGGUGAGACCUUGCUGCCUUAA